AUGUAUAAUAAUUGGAAGAUUGCAGAGUGUGAGUUUUCAAAAUAGCACAAUUUUCAGCAUUUUCAUUACGGGUUUGUACUCGAAGGCAUUAUAAAAUUUAUUCUACUGCAGUUUUGCAAAGGUAAAAUUUCCAUAUAAAAACCAAAAUAACAUUUCGUUCAGAGUUGAAUUGAGCUCACCGGAAAAAUGCGUCGAGCGCUGUAUUGAGAAUAUGGAUUACUGUUUCGUAUCACAGUUCACAAAAAAGUCGGAUGAGGUAUGUUUCGAUGUUUUGGUUCAUGGUUUGUUAUAUCAGUUUUCUAUUUCUCACUGAUGUGAAAGAUCUGAUAAUCUUUAACAAUUUUCAAACUAUGCAAGUGAAAUAAUUCUUCAGGAUAACAAUCAGAAAAAAAAAACACUUUUUAAAAAACGUUUUCAUAGCUAAUUUUCUCUUAUUAUUUCUCGAAUGUUUUUAAAGGAUCUUGGAUUAUGCACACUGUUCAAUGAAACAUUAGAUAGUGAAAUCCAUCCUGACGCUUCAAUGGAUCCACUUUCAAUAAUUUAUGAACUUCUGGAAAAAUGCCCACCAUUUACGGCCAGUGAUAUCACACAUCGAAUUACCAAACUCCACCGAGACACACUUCAAGAUGGCAGAGAAGCAGGUAAUUUUUCAUAUAAAAAACAUUUUUAUCUGCAUUGAAAGCUUAUAAUUUUCCAGCUACCACUAGUAAAUCUCGCUUGGCUGACGCAUUUUUCCCUGAACGAGAUCAUAUUAGUGUUGAUGAUUUACAUCUUGAAGAUGAAAGAUAUGCGGUGAGUGAACAUAAUUCAUUAUUUAUAUUCAUGAAAAACUGGUUAUAUCAAGGUUAUGCGAUCAAUUGAAGAGGUUGAAAUUGAAGCAGCUAAAAAUCGAGUGGAACAUCCGCGAGAUCCUUUCAAUGAUGGACCAAGAUACCAUCAAUCUUCACAUGAAAGAGGAGAGUUUUCAAGACAUCGAAAUCAUAAAAAUCAAGAUCGUCGAGGUGGGGAAAUAGAAGAGGAUGAAGAUGAAGGAGAUGAUGGUGGAAGAAAUGUGAAACAGCCAAUUAGACCGAUUGUUGUUCAUCGUGGUGGGCAUGCUCAACAAAUGAGUGCUCAUGUCAAAGUUGGGAAUCCAUGUACACGUGAGUGAAACGACAAUUGAAUAAUCAAGGGAUUCCUAAAAUGCGGACCAGGCUUGAUGAAAACAUUCAGAUAUUCCAAAAAAGUUCGGAAGUGAAUUAGGAAUGAUUCCGAAUUCUCAAAAUCAGACGGAAUGCAUUUGGAAGAGGGCUCAUUUCCGGCGUCAGUCUCAUUCCAAAAAAAGUUAUUUUUUUCAGCUAAUGCAGACUGUGUUCCUACCCUAUUCCAACUAGACAACGCUCCAUGCCCAGCUCGACAAGGAGAUCCUUGUGCGCCAAAACUUCCAUGUGUGAGUUGAACGUCAACAAAUUUCAAAAAACAUCUAUUUUUCCAGACAAAUGACUGUUAUCCCACAGCUCCAGGUGGCGGUGCUCAACAACUUCCAACUCCAGAAUGGUCUGAAUGGUCACAAUGUUCAGCAAGUUGUGGACUAGCAAUCAAAACCCGUCAAUGUUUAGGAGGAAUCACUUGUCCGGGCUUAGGUUCAGUAGCUUGUCAAGUUCCUGAAUGUGCUGCUUGGACACUCUGGACACCGUGGUCAUUAUGUUCAGCUUCUUGUGGAGUUGGGGAGAAGACAAGAAACAGAAUUUGUCAAACUGGUAGAAAUUGUGAUGGUCCUAGUAUGGUAUGAUUAAAAUUUUUUAAUUUUUCUUUCAAGUCUAUUUUUUCAGGAAGUCGAGGCAUGCAAAUCAUUGUUACCUUGUCCACUUUGGUCAUCGUGGACAUCGUGGACAGGUUGUACAAAUUCGUGCGGAAAAGGUAUUGAAAGGCGAACAAGGAUGUGUCAGGUAAGAUUAUUCAUAAAUUUUCAGUAACAACUCAGCGUUUGCGUACGUAGCUUAAACGUAGACGAACCGAUGUCAGCCGCUGACAUCGGUUUAGCUAGACAAAUAGGUACGGUUUAGCUACGCAAUGUGUGUUUGUGCGCCGGAAAUGGGUUUUGUUUUCUUUUUUCAGUCGCCCUAGGAACUUUUCUGUUUUUAACACAUAAAAUAUAAAAAAAGAAGAAUUUAUUAUACAAUUUAUAUACAGAAGUAAUAAAUAACAUAAUUUCAACAAAGAUAUUUACAUAGAAAAAAAUUAUAUCAGUUUUUUCCGGGUUUUGAUGUAAAUGGCGAUGCUGAUGAACAUUUUGAGGCUGGCAAUGUGAUUUUCCUUGUCUGAUGGAAGAUUGAAUGGGGUACGAGCUGAAAAACUGAUUUAUUGAACUAAAGAUAGACUGAGAAGUGCAACUAUUCUUCAAGAAUUAGGAAUUCAACAAAAUAUCCUUCAUUACACAAGUUUAGACAGAAAUUCCAACAAUCUUCAUUUUCUAGAUUCUGCUUAUCAGGAUAAUUAAAAAUAACUCACUUUUUGUUUCCGAAAUUCGUUUUCUGACAGCAUAAUCACAUUCUUUCGAUAAAAAUCCAUUUUUUUGUCAAAAAAUCGAUUUCCGAGCCUUUCAAACGGUUUCUCUGCAAAUUUAUUCAUCAUAUAUGGUGGAAAUUAGUCUGUCAAUGUAACUUACCUUCUUAAAACCGGUUUGAGUUGAUGUAACUUGAAUUUUAGGGAAAUUUAGGCCUUGAAAAAACAAAAAUGAAAAGCAAAAUGAGAAACCGCAGCGCACUCGAGAGUAUUCGCUUUGCAACGCGGUCAGCUUGUAAAAAUGCGUAGCUAAACCGUAGCUACGCAUUAGCUAAAUGCACCCUCUGUCUACGUUUAAGCUACGCCCGCAAAUGCUGAGAAGUAACAUUCAUUUUAGAACGGUUUACUUUGUCCGGGACCAGCUACAGAAGAAAGACCCUGUGACAAAGGACCAUGUCCACAUUGGUCGAAUUGGGGAGCUUGGGAACAGUGUAGUAAACCAUGUGGCGGUGGAGAAACUGUGAGUUUUUCCCGGUUAUUUUCAGUAUAGAAAAACGCAUUUUGAAGUAUCGGAAUCGUGAAUGUAUUGAUGGACAUUCUUGCGAAGGAGCGUCUGAAGAGAAAAUUAUGUGUAAUCUUCAAGCUUGCCCAGAAUGGUCGCCAUGGACUGCUUGGACAGUUUGUGAUGAGAAAUGUGGUGAAGAUUCGAUUAGAUUAAGAAACAGGUGAGGAUGUUUGGAAUGACAGAAAUUAUUAGAUUAAAAUUAAUAGGAAUAAUUCAAAACCUAUAGCUUCUUCGUAAAAUUGAUAUUAUAUUAUUUCAUUUUUGAGCAUAUCUUGAGUAUCAUCUUCAAAUUAUAUUAUUUAUUAAAAAGUUUCAACUAUUACUCUGAUAAAUGCGAUCCCUUCUUUUCGCGAACCUACAUUCUUCGCUACAUUUUCAUUAAAAAAAACACCUUUUUUGCAGAAAAUGCCUGAACGCAGAGAAUAACAAUUCAUGCGAAGGUCCAGCACAAGAUCAAAUGAGUUGUCCAUAUCGAGAUUGUCCAAAGUGGGAAGAAUGGGGAGAAUGGUCAGAUUGUUCUGUAACAUGCGGCCAAGGAACUCAAAAACGCAAUCGAAAAUGUGAUACAGAAAAUGAUUGUAGCGGACCAUCAGAUGAGAUGCGUUUCUGUCAAAUUGCAUCUUGUCCUUAUUGGGAAGAUUGGUCACAAUGGAGUGGUUGCUCGGUUACUUGUGGUAAAGGUGUCUGUGAAAGAUCUAGGAGGUGUAUUACUGAUGAAUUUUUGCAUCUUCCAACACUUGAAGAAGUUGAACGAGAUGACUCCCUAGAAAAACAUGGUAUUCUACUAUUUUUCAAAUUAAAAAAAAAAUCGUGAUGUUUUUUCAGAAGCAAAAGAAGCGUUGAUAGCAAGAGCAAAAACUAUUUCAAAAUAUCGAAGAACAAAUGAGGUUUGUUUUUUUUUCUUCUUUUUUUUGAAAUUAAUAAAAUAAACUCUCAGACAAGACUUGCUCCAAGAAAAGAGAUGCCACUUGGUGGAACUUGUGAUGGAUCAGAUAAAGAUGUGAAAACUUGCGAUGCUGGACCUUGUUGCUCUUGGGAUAAAUGGAGUGAAUGGUCAAGUUGUAUUGGAUGUGGUAAAGAUGGAAUUAUGAAAAGGAAUCGAAGAUGUCUUGCUGACGGACAGCCCAUGCCAACAUUAGGGUUCCAGGUAUUUUUUUUCAAAAUUUAAAACAAAGUUGGUGGCUGAUAAGGUUUGAAAGAAAAACACGAACACACAAAUCAAAAACCAAAACUCAAUUUUUCUAUAUUUAUUUAUGAUAGUUCAUACAUAUAUGUAUGUAUUGAAUGUUGUUUUUACAGGGAGAUUCUCCAUCCUCGGGUGGUUACGUAACCUCGCCAAACGCCUUCAAUCCAUUACUUGCUGGCCUCGCACCAAUUAUUCCUGUCGAAAUACACAGAGGAAAACGUCAAGCAUUAUGUAAUUGCCCCGGAGAGUCAUUCCAAACAAAACCAUGUUCAACACCUCCAAGUUGUGACCAACCUAAAAAAUCACGAUGUGAAUGGUCAGAGUGGGGUGAUUGGUGUGGGUGUAUGAGAUGUCGAGGUGGAAAAGAGACCAGGAAACGUUUCUGUGAUGGAAAUGAUCCGGAUUGUAGUUGUGGAAAUGGGAGAGAUAUUGAAGAAAGAGAUUGUCCCAGAGAAGCAGGAUGUUUAGGAUUUAGUGGAAGACAGAGUUCUAGAGAACGAGAACAGCAUGCUGAUAGACAUUUGAAUCGUCGACCAACUGGACAUCCCGGCCAAGAACCUAGUGGGAAAUAUGGAUCGGCUGCUCUUUCCUCUCCGCAUGAUAGAAAUUAUAAUAAUAAUCCAAACUCACCACAAAGACCUGGUCAUUCACAAAGAGGUCAUCAAGAUACAUACGUCCCAAUUGAUUCAGUAAUUGGAAGAGUGCAACUCGGAACAGGUUCAGGAAACAGUUAUAAUAAAAAAGAUUCUGCUGAUAUAUUCACAACUACAGAAUUACCAUUCAAAGUUUGUCGCUGGUCAAAUUGGUCAGAAUGGAGUAGUUGUCAAGAUAACACAAGUAAAGAAAGAAAACGUUUCUGUAUUGGAGAAAAAGAUUCUGAAUUAAUAAGCAAUUGUGAAUGUAUUGGUCCAUCUCAAGAAGAAGAUAGUUGUGAAAUCAAUUUGGAAACUGAUGAAGAUAUUGAGAAAAGUUUGGAUAAAUUAUUGCAAUCUAGUGAAACUUGCGAAUGGACAAGAUGGUCCCAAUGGAGUGUUUGUACAGCAUCUUGUGGAGAAGGUAGAAGAAUGAGAAAACGACGAUGUCCUUGUGGAGAUUCGAGUUGUGGCCAUGGAAUUGAUUCAGAUUCAGAACCUUGUGAAGGACCACCGUGUAUAGAAGAAAAGAAAAAACCAAUUUUCACUGUUUUACCUUGA